GCUCCUGCGGGUAUAGCGGCUGGGCGUGACCUUGCUGGGAGGGGCCAGCUGAGACGAAGGGGAACGAGAAGUCUCCAGAGCCAGAGGGAACUAGGAGCUGGGAGCGGGGAGCCGAAGUGGGAAUCGGAGCGCCCGAAUUUCUCCCGGCCCCAUUCAGUCCGAGCGCCCCAGCGGCUCCCGGGACAGCCAGCGCGGGAGGGCCCACCAAGCACAGACCCGAUGGAGAAAUACAAAGCACAGAAGUGUUGCUGUCUGAUGGUACACAGAAGGAUUCUGCAGGUUUCUACUUCCCUGGAACAGCUGCUUACAGAACUGGAUGCUUUUUUGAAGAUUCUAGACAAGGAGAACCUGAGUAGCACCGCUGUGGUGAGAAAGAGCUUCCUUACUGAUCUCCUUCGGCUCUACACAAAGACCAGCAGUUCUGAUGAGGAAUAUAUUUACAUGAACAAAGUUACAACCCAUAAGCAGCCGCCUGUGGAGAUAGAAGGCAAAGGAAAAGACAAAGACAAAGCACUGAAUUUCUCAGAUCCUCUAACCAAUGGAGAAUUGGUACAGCACUUAUCUGCCCCACAGAAGAGCCUACCUGAUCUCCCACCUCCUAAAACAAUUCCAGAAAGGAAACAGCUCCCAGUCCCAAAGAUCGAGUCUCCAGAGGGAUAUUAUGAAGAGGCAGAGCCAUAUGAUACUUCCUUAAAUGACGAUGGUGAACCUGUGAGUAGCUCCUAUGAAUCAUAUGAUGAAGAAGAGAGCAGCAAGAGCAAGUCAGCGCCCCACCAAUGGCCAUCCCCAGAAGCUACCAUUGAGCUGAUGAAGGAUGCCCGGAUCUGUGCCUUCCUGUGGAGGAAGAAGUGGCUGGGGCAGUGGGCCAAGCAGUUGUGUGUCAUUAAGGACAACAGAUUAUCGUGCUACAAAUCCUCCAAGGAUCACAACCCCCAGCUUGAUGUGAGUCUGGUAGGCUGUAAUGUCAUCUACAAGGAGAAACAAGUGAGGAAGAAAGAGCACAACCUGAAGAUCACGCCAACAAAUGCUGAUGUGAUCGUCCUGGGACUGCAGAGCAAGGACCAGGCAGAGCAGUGGCUCCGGGUCAUCCAAGAGGUCAGUGGCUUGCCUUCUGAAGGAAUUUUUGAAGGAAACCAGUAUACCCCCGAAGCUCAGCGUCUCAACUGUCAGAAACCAGAUAUAGCUGAGAAAUACCUGUCAGCUCCGGAAUGUGGGAGUGGUGUGGAUGGUCAUCCUGAGACCACAGAGACCAAAGAUGUUAAGAAGAAAGGUACAGCAGGCCUCAAACUGAGCAACUUGAUGAACCUGGGGAGGAAGAAAUCCACUUCACUGGAGAAUGCUGAGAGGUCUCUGGAGACAUCCAGUUACCUGAAUGUCCUGGUCAACAGCCAGUGGAAAUCCCGAUGGUGCUGCGUGAAGGAGAGCCACCUCCACAUCUACCAAGACAGGAACCGCAAUAAAUCAGCACAGCAGCCGCUCAGCCUGGUGGGAUGCGAAGUUAUCCCAAAUCCCAGCCCUGAUCACCUCUAUUCCUUUCGGAUUCUCAACAAUGGAGAGGAGAUAGCCAUGCUUGAGGCCAAAUCGUCUGAGGAAAUGGGCCAUUGGCUGGGCCUCCUUUUGUCCGAAUCUGGGUCCAAGACAGACCCAGAAGAAUUCACCUAUGACUAUGUGGAUGCAGAUCGAGUUUCCUGCAUUGUGAGUGCAGCAAAGACCUCUUUCUUUUUGAUGCAGAGAAAGUAUUCAGAGCCUAACGCCUAUAUCGAUAACCUGCCUAAAGGUCACCAGCAUGAGGAGCCUUAUGAUGAAGUCAUUCUGGAUGCAAAUGAGCCAACAUUUGUGGAACAAAUACAAGAAGCCACCCCUCUGAAAGCAACCACAUCUGAAGAAUUAGAUCGAGUGUACUUGGACCUCACACCCCUUAUGUCUGUCCCACCUGGCCCCAAUCAUGUCAAAGCCCAGCCUUCUCCUCCUUCCUCUCCACUUUUGGAAAAAGCCAUUUUUAAGACAGAAUUAGAAGACAGUGCUGAAACUUCUUCAGGAGACAGGGAAACAGAAUUCUGCAGAAAAUCUUUGGAAAUGGUACAAGAGCAGAAACAACCAGAGAGGACUGAAUCAGAAGAGCUGUCACCGAGAGGCACUGGUGUCAAAAUCCAAACCCAACAACAGAAAAUCUCUUUCCCGCAGAGUGUCCCUGACUUUGCAUUCUCCACAGCAACAGGUACUCAUCUGCAGCCAGUGGCUACCCCUAAAGAGAAAACUGAGAAGGCCAAAGGGAUCAUUGCAGCACCUGUAGAAAUUAAACUUGGCAAGAAUAGGACUGAGGCUGAAGUGAAGCGGUACACAGAGGAAAAAAGGAGGCUUGAGAAGGAGAAGGAAGAAAUCCGGAAUCACCUUGCACAGCUUCGGAGAGAGAGGCGGGAACUGAAAGACACCAUGGUGAAAUGUACAGAUAAGUGUGCCCUGGCCUGUCUGGAGCAGAAGUUAAAGGAGCUGGAGGAAGAGUGCAGGGAAAAGGAAAACAGACGUGUGGACCUGGAACUGAGCAUCAUGGAAGUGAAAGAAAGCCUGAGAAAGGCGGAGGCCGGGCCUGUGACCCUAGGCACAGCAGUGGAUACCACCCACUUGGAGAAUACAACUCCCAAAGCCAAAGUCCCCAGUCCAGCUCCUGCUGCAGACUCUUCUCCGGUCAACUCUGCUACAGCUUUAAAAAACAGACCUCUCUCCGUCAUGGUAACAGGCAAGGGAACAGUCUUAAGGAAAGCUAUGGAAUGGGAGAAGAAAGGAGCAAGUUAGAAAACUAUCUUCCAAUAAAAACUGACAUGAUUGCUAUGGACCUUGGAUGACAAUCCUCCCAAGUUAAGGUCUGAUAUAAAAGCAAAGAACACUGGGCUUGGAGUCUGUUCAGAAGGAAAAGAAAGGAUUGAGACAACUGUGAACAGUGGUCUUUGGCUAAGGACUCCUGCACCUCCCCAAGAUGGUGGGGGGGGAGAGGAAGGACAUCCCUUUUCACUCUCAAGGGAAUAACACAAAAGCAAAAGACACUUUCAUAGUAUUCCUAACCCAUUGUUUUAAACAGGAAUGCUAUUGUUCUUAGGGAUGGUUUGUGUAUUUCUACAUACAAGUUUAUCAAUUACAUUAUUGAAAUUUAGUUCAUAGUUCCAUAACAAGAAAUUUUGUUUUUGUUUUUGUUUUUUGGUGGGGGGAGGGAGAGGAAAUGUGUAAAAAAUUCAGGUACCUGAAUGGUCCUCCCAUUUGGAAUUUUGGCUUGAGUAACAAAGAUGACUUAAAAUCAUCAUCAUCUUUAUUCAAUACUGGGCAAAAAUUAGAGUUCAAUUUUGCCUGCUUUGAGGGAGUUGGGCUCCAGGAUUAGUGACUCAAACCCAAAGCAGUUAUGAAAUAGAUAGUUCAAACUCUCAGUUUCAGGCUUUUUGGUUUAUGAUCCCAUGCAUGUAGAAAUAGCCUAGAUUGCUUUAAACAAAAAAACCCACUUGUGAAAGAGUGCUGCCCUUUCAGAGGGGAGAAAAAGACUAUGGGCUCUACUUCAGGUAAGUUAUUAAUUAGUAAAAGACUCUCAUUCACUGGUAUAAAGGACAAAAGAAUGUUUAUUUAACAUGAGGACACCAUUCUCCUGGUUUUUAUAAGUAACAGUGAGAUCCUCACCUUAAAGCCUGUAUUCAAAAGCCAUUUUUGAGGAGAUGUGGUUUCACAUGCAUAUUUUUGGUCAUGAAAAGUAUCUCCACAGAUCUAAAAAUGUUCUUUUUAUUCCCAUGACUUAAAACAGUGCCUCAGAAUAGUUGAAAGAUAUUUCAUUAACUAGGUUCAGUGGACAGAUAAAAAUUUCCUUUUCUCUUUAUCAGGUUAGUUCUAAUCUGUGGAUUAACUGUCUCAAAUGAGGGGAUCUAAGUAUCCUUUUUCCUCGCUUGGUAGGCAGUGCCCAGGUUCCCUCCAAGAAAAGUACUGUGGAAUUGGUUGAAUGGGGCUAGGCGCUUAUUUUACCCACCCCACCUUAAAAAAACAAACAGAUCCCAACUAACAGAUGAUGACAUUCCAUUUAGUGGCCCUGUCUUUUUUCUUUGAUAGAAAAAUAAACAUGGUGUAUAUUUGUUGUUGCUUAAAAGAAAAGGUUUUCAGACAUUUCAUCUUCACCUCAACCUUCCUUCCCUCCACCCUAAACCAAACAUCUUUGUAAUUCUCAUUGUCUUUCUAAUCACAGGGCAUUUAUUUCCUUUGUCAUAAACUUGUUCUUGAUGUUUUAGAUAUU